AUGGAAAAGUCUUUACGUUACACGUUAUCGGUGGUCGCAGUGCUCAGGUCUGGCGCUACCUUUGUACCACUGGAUCCAAGCCACCCUCAAGACAGGUUGCAGAAACAGAUCGCACAGCUUGAUUCUCGGCUUGUGAUAUCAACCCCGAAUUUGUCAAAGAGGGCCCGCGAACUUUGCCCCACGGCUCUUGUACUGCAUGAUAAUCUAACAGCAGAAUAUGCAACGGGCCCCUUUCCAGUCACUGGUGAUGGAGAAUGGCGCACGAAAGUCACGCAAACAACUGCUGCCUACAUUAUAUUCACCUCUGGUAGCACUGGUAGUCCGAAAGGCGUCGUCAUAGAGCAUGGGGCGUUUACGGCCAGCGCGCUGGAGCGAGGGAAGCUCACUGGAUUGAAGCCGGGCUCCAGAGUUCUGCAGUUCGCAUCGCAUGCUUUUGACGUGUCGGUUGACGAAAUCCUCACAACACUAAUUCAUGGAGGGUGCGUCUGCGUACCAACCGAAGAGGAUCGUUUCAAUCUAUCGAACGCCAUCAGCAGCCUGCGUGUCAAUCAUGCGCUGCUCACACCAUCCUCGAUCAAAAUGAUCGAGCCGAGUCAUGUUCCGAGCCUGACCGCACUCCAGCUCGGCGGAGAGCUCAUACCAGACGAUGUUAUAGACACAUGGAGCAAACAUCUUCGCUUAUUCAAUGUAUACGGACCGACAGAGGCUAGUGUUGCGUGUAUAAUGUCAGAGAGGAGUUCAGCGACCAAGCUACCCGGGAACAUCAUUGGCCACGCUGUCGCCAGUACGUGUUAUAUCGUUGAUGCAGAAAAUCACCACACACUUUUACCAGCUGGAAAUGUCGGUGAGCUUGUGAUUGGUGGACGCAUCUUGGCGCGAGAGUAUUACAACGAUACAGAGCGUACGCGAGCCUCCUUCAUCACAGGCCUGGCGUGGGCCUCUUCGCCGGAGGAGCGCUUUUACAAGACGGGCGAUCUGGCCGAGAUGACGGAAACCGGGUCGACCAGGAUUCACGGUCGCAAGGAUAACCAGCUAAAAAUUAUGGGGCAACGCAUCAACGGCGAGGAAAUCGAAAGCUACCUCGCUGCGCUGCCCCAACUGCACAGCGCCGUUAUAGACCUGCCCAAACAGGGUUGCUUCCGCCAAAAUUUGGUUGCCCUGGUUGUGCGGCCGAGUACGCAGAGAGACGAAGACUGCGCGCGAGCGGCGAAGCCGGCCUUUUCGGAGCUGUCCUGCUAUUCUGAGGCCCGCGGUCUACCAUCGUCCUUGGUGGAGCUCCUACGAGAUUCCCUCGAACUCGAGUUCCCGCGGUCGAUGAUACCACACCACUGGAUAGAAUUGCCUUUUUUACCGCAGAAUUCAUCUUCGAAAAUCGAUAGGAAGGCCUUGCGGACAUGGCUAGCAACGCUAUCAGAUAGCUCGGUACUGCGAUUGCCGACCGAGUCGGAUCAAGUACAUGAUGCUCCCAUAGUCGAGGAUGGACUCGGCCUUGACUCCUUGUUUCGAGAUAUUCUGUGUCGCGUACUAUGGGGUGGGAAAGAUGUACAAAAAUCUUCUCAAUUGCGCCCCGAUGUCUCUUUUAUUCGUAACGGCGGAGAUUCUAUUAUGGCAAUCGAGCUGCGACGGCUGGCGCGAGACGCAGGCCUGUCGCUUCGCGUCCAGGAUAUCUUGUCCAACCGCAGCUUACGCGAACUGGCACAUUUGUCCAAUUCUUCCGACCAAAGUCAAAGCAACGCGCAUGACUCGAAGGGCGGGAGCUCUAUCGAGCCCUUCCCUCUCUCCCCUGUGCAGCAGUUCUUCUUUAAUGUGGUGGGCGACAGGCCGAAUAGCUUUGUGCAAAGUGUGGCCCUUGAAUUCAACCAACCCCUGACUUUGAAAGCGCUGGAAAAUGCAAUUUGGACGCUCGUAGCUGUGCAUCCUAUGCUGCGAGCGAGGUUUUUGUGUGAUGCGAUGGGAAAAUGGACUCAGAAAAUAUCCACGCACGCCGACAUGUCUCAGUACGUUGCCUUCCACCCAGGUACUGCGCUGAAUCUGGACACUGGGGCGCUGGAUAUCCCUGCCACCGCAGACGUGCUCUUGCGCGUCUUUGCUUCUGGAACAGAGCAAGCAUUAAAGGAUUUGACUAUAGUCGCGCAUCAUCUUGUUAUUGACUUGGUUUCUUGGAGGGUGAUUUUGCAGGAUCUGGAAAAUAUCCUCUUAUCAAAACCCAUUGACCAGCCCACAACGUCCUUCCAGAGAUGGUGUGUGCUCCAGAAAGACUACUCUCGCAGCCUUGACAGCACAAAGGUUCUGCCGAUACGUCUCGCCGAAGAAAACUACGAAUAUUGGUAUCCGAAACAAAUUGACACCUGUAAUGCAUUGUUUAAUAUGCAUGGCGACGUUAUGGACUUCACGUUUUGUGUGAAUACGUCCGCGACAGACAUUCUGCUUGACCAAAGCUCAGGAAUCAAACCCGUGGAUAUCAUGAUUGCGGCGUUCUACAAAGCCUUCGCAAGCACAUUUUUGGACCGAGAAACCCCCAACAUGUACAUUGAAUCACACGGAAGGGAAUCCUGGACCGAUGAUUUGGAUGUGUCUAAUACCGUGGGAUGGUUUACCUCCGCCUAUCCAAUUCAUGUGCCCGCCUGCGUCGCUCGCGAUUUUAUGUCUGCUCUGAGAUACACACAUGAGGCUCAGUGCUUUGUGCCAAACAAUGGACAUCCAUACUGGUGCCACCGGUUUUUGAAUCAGGAGCCAUUCGAGGAACACCACCCUAUGGAGGUAGUGUUUAACUUCACUGGACGAUUCCGACAAGUUGACCGAGCGGACUCCCUUUUUACUCGAUUAUCUCCUGUAGGCAAGGAAACAGCUCAUCCAGCUGCUCCAAGACUCUCAUUGCUCGAAAUAUUGGUGUCGGUUGAGAACAACCAGUUGCAGUUUACGAUGACUACACCGAGAUCGGCUAGGCAGUUGGACAAAAUUCAGCAGCUAUGUAGCAUCUGGCACGAAACCUUGCAUUUAGCGGCAUCUCAAUCGAAAGCUUGCUUAAAUGCCAUUUCUGCGCCAUUGAGUCUUAUUUCUCCAGACGAGGAAAAAUGCCUGCUACGGAACAACAUCACCGACUUCCGAGGUAUUGAGAGCGUAUACUGGGCGUCGGACAUCCAAAACCAUAUGCUAGAGAGCCAAGCCAAAGGCGCGUCGUAUUAUUGGGUACGAGGAAUAUGGAACUUUCUUGUUACGGAGAAAAAUAUUUCUGGAGAGGUAGAUGCGCGCCGGCUACAGCAAGCAUGGCAACGCGUCGUCGAACACCACGCCAGCCUAAGAACUGCGUUUGUGUUCGACGAGGCGGCAGGUGGCCACUUGGCAGUUGUCCGACGCAAGUGGACGAUACAAGCUCAUGAUGCACCAGAUCUUAACUUUGAUCGACUUCACCAAUUCGAGGUCGUGGGCGCACAGGGUAGCGAAGCCAAGUUCCGCCUUGAAUUCAGCCAUGCCAUUGUCGACGCGGGUUCACGUUCCACGCUCCUCGAAGACCUCAUCAAGUCAUAUUUACUUGGAGGAAAGAGUCUGUCAAGUGGUUGCGACGGCGAUUAUUACAAGUCCUAUCUCGCGAAGCGCGACCGUGACUUUUUGCAGAAGCAGGACACAGAUCCGACAUGUUGUGUGAUAACUCCGGAUUCGGCGUCAGCUAUCAGGAGCUCUGGCAAUGAACACAAAUCGAAAACUACGGCAUCCAUUUGCCACAUCCAUAUUAACAAGUCAGAUUUAUUUCUGGAGCAAGGCGUCACAGUAUCCAGUCUGGUCCUCGCAUCGUGGAGUUUGGUGUUAUCGCAGCACGUCUCAAAUCAAAACGUCGCUUUUGCCUACGUCUCGUCCGAAAGAUGUCUCGAUAUACCGCAGAUCGAGGGUGCUGUCGGCCUUUUUGUGGAUCUUUUCGUGCUGAACUUGGAUAUCGCGGCCACGACGACCCUGUUGCGACUAGUCAGAGGCAUACAAGAACGGCAUAUUGAGUUGAGCCUUCGGCGAGGCAAACAGCCUGUGCGUGCAGCGCAGAAUGCAGUAAAUGGCACCACUGCUGGCACGAUAAAUACUAUGGUCAAUAUUCGAAACUCGGGCGUCGAUAGCCUUCGUAUGCGGCGAGAAAAUGUCGAAGUUUCCAUGCUGAGCUUCGAAGACUCUUGGAAUUAUGAUGUUGUUCUUGCCGCGGACGUUGCUUCAGACGGGUCAACGAAGUGCUCCAUUCAAUACCGCGAGAGUGUGAUAUCAACCCAACUGGCUGCGAAAAUGGCCAGGAGUUUGCAGAUAAUUGCUGACGAGUUUCUCAAGAAUAGUGAAAUUACAUUAAAAGCAAUAUUUGCUUCUGCCAUAUUUCUUGGCCAUGGUGCUAACCGAUCACACAAGAGGAUGGCGUACCUUCUACAGACCCUCGACAAGUACGAAGUCUCAGCUGUGGCGGGGUUUCUUCCAGAACGUCGGCCGCUCUUAAAGCUUGAAGAUAGCUACUACGAACCAUGGGAGUCAGUAGCGUCAAAAUUGCCACAGUUGAUUCGCAGCGACACUCUCAGAGCUGAAAUUGCAGCUCUACCUGUACUGGACACCAUUCACCUGCAAAGCGAGCCAAACUGGCAACGAGCAUACGUUGUGCUAGGGUUUAUCUCAAACGCAUUUCUAUUUCAUAAACACCCACCUGCACAAAUCCUGCCACAAUGUAUAGCACAACCGCUGAUGGAUGUCGCCACGCAUCUUGGAUUACCCUGUAUUGCUACCUAUGCGGGUCAGACAAUCUGGAACCACAAAUGCGGCUCAGAGGGCGUGCCCAUGGAACUAGGAAGUCUCAAGACUUGCACUUCAUUUACAGGAAGUCCCGAAGAGUCCGCGUUCUUCUGCAUUUCGGUGGCCAUUGAAGCAGCAGGUGCUCCACUGAUACGAUUGCUAUUGAGCGCUAAUGAGGCUGCUGAACUGGGAGACUUUCCCGUACUGACUGAGCUACUGCAUGACGCAGCUGAAGUUAUAAGCAGAAUGACAUCGAUUCUACCGGAGAUGUACUCAAGGUGCAGCCCAAAGUUUUUUUACCACACUCUGAGGCCGUUUCUUGAAGGCACUGCUGGCCUGGCCGAUGUCGGCCUGCCACACGGCAUUAAAUUCCAGCUUCGCGAUAAAAAUGUCUACCAGAAAUUUCGUGGCCCGAGCAAUGCGCAGAGCGCGCUGUUUCAUUUUGUAGAUGUUGCACUGGGCAUAAAUCAUAUCGGGAAUUCGUUCCUUGAGGAGCUUUCAUAUUCAGAUCGUGACGCGAUAUGUAGUCGUGCCGGCCGCCUCGAGCAAAGGGGCACCAGACCUGUUGAGUUUCUCAAAGCUGUAAGGGCAGACUGCUUUCAUAUGGAAAGAGAGUAUGGCAAGCCUGAGCUAGGCGCCGAAGACAGACAGGCGACACGGUGA